AUGAGUGGAAGAGGUAAGACAGGCGGUAAAGCUCGGGCGAAGGCCAAGACUCGGUCCUCUCGCGCUGGGCUGCAGUUCCCCGUGGGCCGCGUACACAGACUUCUGCGUAAAGGUAAUUAUGCUGAGCGCGUUGGCGCCGGCGCUCCUGUUUACUUGGCCGCCGUGCUGGAGUAUCUGACCGCUGAGAUCCUCGAGUUGGCCGGUAACGCCGCUCGCGACAACAAGAAGACCCGUAUUAUCCCUCGUCACCUGCAGUUGGCCGUUCGUAACGACGAGGAGCUCAACAAACUGCUCGGAGGAGUCACCAUCGCACAAGGUGGCGUUCUGCCCAACAUUCAGGCCGUCCUGUUGCCCAAAAAGACCGAGAAGGCGGUCAAGAGCAAAUAA